CUCUCUCUCUCUCGGGAGCUGCUGCCGCCGCCGCCGCCGCCAUGGGGAAACCGCGCUUCAAGGGCCGCCGCGCCAGCCUGAACCCGUCGCGCGCCAGCACCAACCCCGAUCGGCCGGUCGGCGCCGGAGGCCACAACAUGCGGGACCGCGCCACCAUCCGGCGCCUCAACAUGUACCGCCAGCGGGAGCGCCGGAACAAUUGUGGGAAACUGGUCCGACCACUUGAGUUCCAGUCCACUGUGGCACCAGGCACCAUAGCACGAGUGGAGCCCAACAUUAAAUGGUUUGGAAACACACGUGUGAUCAAACAGUCCUCUCUCCAGAGAUUCCAAGAGGAGAUGAAGACCGUGAUGAAGGAUCCUUAUCGAGUGGUCAUGAAACAAAGCAAAUUGCCUCUCUCUCUCCUUCACGACCGAAUUAAACCUCACAAUUCCAGAGUCCAUAUUCUUGAUACAGAAACCUUUGAAACAACUUUUGGUCCAAAAUCACAGCGGAAACGGCCAAAUCUCCUAGCAAGGGAUGUGCAGUCUCUGGUGGCAAGUGCCAUAGCUGAGGCCAGCAGCUAUAGCCAAGAUAAAGAUCGGGAUCUGGUGACAGAGGAUAACGGAGUAAGGGUGGAGGUGCAAGAGGAAAUCUACAAAAAAGGACAGUCUAAGCGGAUCUGGGGAGAACUUUACAAGGUGAUUGAUUCGUCAGAUGUCAUUGUGCAAGUAUUGGAUGCUAGAAAUCCCAUGGGGACCCGUUCCCCUCACGUGGAGGCCUACCUAAAGAAGGAAAAGCCCUGGAAGCAUCUCAUUUUCGUCUUGAACAAAUGUGAUCUUGUGCCCACAUGGGUCACGAGGCACUGGGUUGCACUUCUGUCUCAGGAUUAUCCGACCUUGGCUUUUCAUGCCAGCCUCACAAACCCUUUUGGAAAAGGGGCCUUCAUUCAGCUCUUGAGGCAGUUUGGAAAGCUGCACGUAGACAAGAAGCAGAUCAGCGUGGGCUUCAUUGGAUACCCUAAUGUGGGAAAGAGCUCUGUGAUCAACACACUCCGCUCCAAGAAGGUCUGCAGCGUGGCUCCCAUUGCUGGUGAAACCAAGGUAUGGCAGUACAUCACUUUAAUGCGCCGUAUUUUCCUUAUUGACUGCCCAGGCGUGGUGCACCCCUCAGGAGACUCAGAAACAGAUAUUGUACUGAAAGGAGUGGUUCAGGUAGAAAAAAUCAAGAGUCCAGAAGACCACAUUGCUACAGUGCUGGACAGAGCCAAGCCAGAAUACAUCAGGAAAACAUAUAAAAUAGACUUCUGGGAAAAUGCAGAGGAUUUUCUGAAGAAGCUAGCAUUCCAGACGGGAAAGUUACUGAAGGGGGGAGAGCCUGAUCUGCACACAGUCAGCAGGAUGGUGCUGAACGACUGGCAGCGGGGCCGCAUCCCGUUCUUUGUGAAGCCUCCAAAUGUGGAACAGGACUCCCAGCCUACAGCAGCUGCUUCAGAUGUGCCCACAGACCUGAGUCACAGUGAGAACGCAGGGAUGAUGGAAAAAUGUGAAGAACAGACUGGGAAUGAUGAAUGCACCAACGUGGCACCAAAAUGGCCCUUGCCCCACGUGCAGCAAAACUAUAAGAAGAUAACUGUGACCCCUCAGUUCUUGGAAGAGGAUCUGGUUCCUGUGAAUGUACUGGAUAUCAGUGAAACAGACAAUGAUACAGAGGAAGACGAGGAGGAAGAGCAGAACUCACCACGUGGGAGGCCAACUUGUGAGGCUAACACCAGAGAAGAUUCAAAGGUAGUACUGAAGUCACUGGACGAGAAGAUUGCCAAGUACAGGAGAUUCUUGGAUAAGGCAAAGGCCAGGAGGUUCUCAGCAGUAAGAAUCCCUAAGGGGCUGAGUGAAAAAAUAUUUGCAAAAUCACAGUUGGAUUCAGCAGCUCUUGAAACUGAGAAGACUGGAGGAAAACUGAGGGAAAGAAAGAAAAGGAAGGUACCAGAGGGAGAGGAGCAGCAGAGCUCCAGUGUCUGCCAGCUUAAGAACCCCUGCAAGAAACAGAAUUCAAAGGAGAAGAGAAGAGCAGAGCGGCAGCAGCACUCAAAGAAAGUUGGUGUUCGGUAUUACGAUACUCAUAAUGUCAAAAAUAGAAACAGGAACAAGAGGAAAUUGGACGCUGGAGCCCAGAGACUGACAACUUAAGAUAAAUAAAGAUAAAUAUCAAAAUCUAAAAAAAAA